AUGGCCUCCUUCAAGGGGAGGGUCCAGAACCAAGUGGAAGAUGCCUGCCCCCCUCUUGUUCUACAGCCCUCACGGCCCCCCAUCCUAGAGAAGUUCAAUGCCACGAACAAAGAACCCGCUUCAUACAUAUCAGGAGCCCAGGUCCAGAAGCUCAAGGAGCCAAAGAUCAGCCAAGGUUGCAACACCUACCGGCAGAUGGAGGACACCACAACCAGUGAGCAGGGUGAUGCCUCCUUUCUGCCUCUCAACAUCGGGCCCUCAGUCCCAAGCCUGAAUUACUACCUACGUGGAUGGAGAUCUUUGUUCAACUAUCUGGCCUGUUUCCUGCGGACUCAGGCCCAGCAGAUGCUCUUCAACAGUUGCAGAUCCCGGCAGCUCUGCCAGAUGUUCAUGGAGAAGACAGGGGUUCUGAUCCUCUGCACCAUUGGAUUCUGGAUUCUCUCUAUGCACAUGCCAUCCAAAAUGGAAGUCUGGCAGGAUGACAGCAUAAAUAGUCCACUGAAGACCUUAAGGAUGUAUCAGGAGAAGGUGCAAAGACAUGCUGGAGAAAUCCAAGAUCUCAGAGAUAACAUGAGCUUGCUCAUUAUCAGACUCCAGAUGAUGGAAGCCAUGUCAGAUGAGCAAAAAAUGGCACAGAAAAUAAUAAAGCUUAUUCAAGGAGAUUACAUCGAGAAGCCAGACUUCGCCCUCAAGUCCAUAGGAGCCAGCAUCGACUUUGAACAGACUUCCCCCACGUACAACUACAACAAAGCUCGCUCCUACUGGAACUGGAUCCGCCUGUGGAACUAUGCGCAGCCCCCCGACGUGAUCCUUGAGCCCAAUGUAACCCCAGGUAACUGCUGGGCCUUUUCCGGUGACCGCGGUCAGGUGACCAUCCGCAUGGCCCAGAAGGUCUUCCUGUCCAACCUGACUCUGCAGCACAUCCCCAAGACCAUCUCCCUGUCGGGCAGCCUGGACACCGCCCCCAAGGACUUCGUGAUCUAUGGGUUGGAAGACUCUCUCAAAGAGGAGGUAUUCCUGGGCGCAUUCCAGUUUCAGCCCGAAAACAUCAUUCAGAUGUUCCCGCUCCAGAACCAGCCUCCUCGGGCAUUCAGGUCGGUAAAGGUGAAGAUAUCGAGCAACUGGGGAAGCCCUCGCUUCACCUGCCUGUACCGUGUGCGAGUGCAUGGUUCUGUGAUGGCGCCCAAGGAGCAGCCCCCCAAGGACCCCUACUCCCAGAGAAAUUAA